AUGUCUAAGUCUAAGAAGAAUGUAAUAGAUCCUAUUGAGCUUCUGGAUAUUUUCCCUAGGGAUGCAAUUCGUUUCUAUCUUAUGAAAUUCAAUUGUUUUAGAGAUAAUCAGGUGGGAGUCAUGGACAUAUAUGAGGUCUACAAUGGGUAUUUAGCCAAUACUUAUGGGAACCUAAUUUCUCGAUUCUAUGGAAUAGUGGGGAGGAAGUUUAAUUUGGUUAUUCCUAACGAUUAUCAGGUUGAGAAUUUCAUUGAGCUGGAUCAGUUGAAUAUGCAGUUCAAAUCUUUUUUGGACACUGACUAUGAGAAUCUCGUUCUGCAAAACAGUCCAUUUUUGGUGAUAGAGAAGAUAUUUGACAUGUUCAGGUCCGCCGGUAAAAAACUCUUCGCCCGGAAUAUUGCCUUCUUUAAGAACAUCUUUCAGAAGAUACGAAUAGAUCAUGAUGUGCAGGAACAGAUAGAGGAGGCGCUUCUUGGUCUUGAUUUCGGUCCUGCUUUAUCGGAAAAGCUAUCCAAAGAUAUUUCCUUUGGAUUCUCCAAGACCGACAAGACUAUGGAUUCUUUGAAGAAGUCGUUUUCCGAAAGUCUCCUUAAGUUUUAUGGAGAUAACAAUACUGAAUUGAACAUUCAGAAAGGCAGAACCAAUGUUCUUCUUAUGGUUGGAGCUAACGGUUCGGGAAAAACCACUAGUAUCGCCAAAUUGGCAUCCCACUUUAAGGAUGGGGGCUACAGGACAAUGAUAGUGGCUGGAGAUACCUUUAGAGCGGGUGCGGUUGAACAGUUGGACAUUUGGGCUAAAAGACUAGGAAUAGAUAUUUUUCUCCCUCUAAAACACAAGGAGGAUCCUUCGGCUUUAAUCUAUAGAGCUUUCCAGAGUAACCAAAAGAAUCCUUAUGAUCUGAUAAUAAUCGACACGUCCGGAAAACAACAUAACAAUCAGAAUCUAUUGAAUGAGUUGAAUAAAGUUCAUAAGACCAUUGGUAAAUUCGGGGAGGAUUAUCCCCAUGAGGUGCUUUUGGUCAUGGAUUCUACUAUUGGACAAACCAGCAUAUUCCAUGCUGAGCAGUUCUUAAAUUAUGCCCACAUCACCGGAAUCAUUCUAAGUAAGAUGGACCAGAUGUCUAGAGGUGGAAUGAUUUUUGCCAUAAAGCACAGAUUUAACGUUCCCGUAAAGCUUAUGGGAACUGGGGAAACAUUGAAUGACUUGGAGGAGUUUGAUCUUAAACAGAUUGUGUCUGCCUGA